GCACAUGUGUGAGUGAUAUCUAUUCCCUUAUAUACGGGCGUACAAUCCGAACGUGUAAUAAACGAGGCGUUAGGCAUGUGCAGACUUCAAACCGUGAAAUCGUGGCAGUCAUAGAGCCACCACCACUCGACAAGACAACACCUCAAAUAUCUUGGAAAACCAGCUGGAUUGAGCACUCUAAAAUACAACCACCACACAACUGCGAGUGGACACGCAAGCGCUGGGGGUUCAACACUUUCACACGCACACACACACACCGAGUGAUACACACACGCCACGAUGUCUUCUUUACCUUCUCAGACUCAGCUGGACGAAACAGCUGUAGAGAAUUUUCGAGAGUAUCUGCGUAUACCCUCGGUCCAGCCAGAUGUUAAUUACGAUGAUUGCGUGGCGUUCCUACGCCGACAGGCAGAGUCCCUGGGCCUGCCCCUCAGAGUGUAUGAGCAUUACAAGAAGAAACCAAUCGUCGUGAUCACUUGGGCAGGAACUGAUCCUGCAGCGGCGGCUAUUCUUCUGAACAGCCAUAUGGAUGUUGUUCCAGUUUAUGCUGACAAAUGGUCCCACCCCCCAUUCGACGCCUACAUGGACGAGAAGGGAGACAUAUAUGCUCGUGGUGCCCAAGACAUGAAGUGCGUGGGGAUUCAAUACCUCGAGGCAGUGAGACGACUGAAGCAGAACGGUCAGAGGUUCAAGAGAACAAUCCACAUGUCAUUCGUGCCUGACGAGGAGAUCGGCGGUGUCCUGGGGAUGAAGAAGUUCGUCCACACAGAUGACUUCAAAGCCCUGAACGUUGGAUUCGCCCUGGACGAGGGCUGUGCAUCGCCCACCGAGACAUUCUACAUGUUCAAUGGUGAAAGAUCGAUUUGGCACGUGUGGGUUCAUUGUCGUGGCCAACCCGGACAUGGCUCUUUGUUAUUACCAAACACUGCUGGUCAGAAGAUACGUGUUAUCAUCGAUCGAUUUAUGGACUUGAGAGCUCAAGAGGCUGCCAAACUCAAGGUGGAGACCCUACCUGGCGACGUAUUGUCCAUCAAUCUCAAUCAGCUGAAGGGUGGUGUCCAGACAAAUGUCAUUCCGGAGGAACUAAUCGCCGUCUUCGACAUGAGAAUUCCUCCGACUAUUGACCACGAAGAGAUGGAGCAGAAGAUUCUGGGAUGGUGCAAGGAGGCUGGCGAGGGCGUAACAAUCACAUUCGAGCAGAAAAACCCAAGAAUCGAGAGCACCAAGCUGGACGAUUCCAAUCCUUAUUGGCUUGCCUUCAAAAGUUCCUGUGAUAAGUUGGGACUGAAUCUGAUGAAUGGAACAUUCCCUGGUGGCACUGACAGUCGCUACGUUCGUCAGGUUGGUAUUCCAGCAAUCUGUUUCUCACCAAUGAACAACACACGAAUUAAGCUCCACGAUCAUGAUGAAUACCUAAACAAAAACAUCUUUUUGCGUGGAAUCGAGAUAUACAUGGAUAUCAUUCCAGCCGUUGCAAACGUCUAAGAUUUCUCAAACGUCAGUACAAAUAUCCAAAGAACUGAAAAAUAAUCACGAAGGAGAAGAAGUUGAAAACAAGAAUCCCAUUUACCUGAAACUGAUUGAUCUAUAAAAGAAUAUAUGAUUGAGUAUAAUUGUGAGCAUGAUCUCUAGUACCGAGGAGUGAUGGAAUUAAAAGUGCAAUAAUUAGUGCCUUAUAAACAAAUACAAACAAACCAAGUGAAUCAGGAGAGGAGAAUCCCUCCAAAAAUUGCAAUAUUUUAAUAUAUUAUAUAUAGAAGGAUUAGUUAUCACGAAUGUUAUGAUGAAUCAGAGUCUAUACUGUUAAAUAAUCAAUUAAGAAAAAGGAAGAAAUAUAUUUAAAAAAACAGAAUUUUUCAACAACCGGUGUUAAAAGCGAAAUGUUAAUAACCAAAAGAAAAUAAACCAAAUAACCAAAAAAAAUGAAAAAUUCUGAAAAAGUCCACGAAGUCCAGGAGGGGCAUUUAUCUGAAAUCGUUGAUCCAUAAAAGAUUAUGAAAAAAAUUGUCAACAUGAUCUCCAACUUCGAGGAGUGGCAUUAAAACUGGAAUAAUUAGUACCUCAUAAACAAAAAUAAAUGAAUCACAUGGAUCCAGAGAGAUAAAUCUCUCCAAAAAUCGCAAUGUUUUAAUAUAUUUAAUAUAAAAUCGUUAUUUAAGAAAAAUGUUGUGAUGAACCAGUGUCUAUACUGUUGAAUAAUAAUUAAAGAAAAAUCUAACGAAAGAAAAUUAAUCAAAAAUCAGUGUUUAAAACAGACUCAAUUAAUUCCAAGGGAAACAAAAAAAUGUUGUUGACCCAUGAAACAAUAUGGGAAAAAAUUGUCAGCAUGAUCUCCAGCAUCGAGGAAUGAUGAGAUUAAAAGUGCAAUAAUCAGUGCCUCAUGAAUAAACACAAACGAAGCAGAUGAAUCAAGAGAAGGAGAACCCUCUAAAUAUGUUUUAUAUAAAUUCGUUAUUUAUGAAACAUUUUAUAAUGAACCAGAGUCUCUACUGUUGAAUAAUUAUU